GGUUUUCGACAACAUAUCUCUGCAUGAACCUCCACGUAAAAGCCAACCGAGCGUUUUUCGUCCGCUUUUUCACCAAUUUAAGCCUUGUCAUAAAAAAGGAAAGGGAUAAAUCGUUUUUCUAAACGCCAAAAAAAAUUUCAUUAUUCAAAUUAACCAACAGGCCUGAGUCGUGCAUUGCAUCGUACGGUGGUUUUUUCCCUCAGCGCAAUCACACCAAUUGCCAAAACAAAGCAAGUGACCGUCAUGAGUUUUUAGUUGGUCAACGUGCAAGCUUGACAUUGAAGAAAUUUUCGAUGCCUCGAUACCAAAUGACUUUCUGUCAGUACAAUUCGAACGGAUAUAAAGUUUCUGAAUGGUGGAUGUUCCUUUUCUUGUUGUACAUCGCCAGUUUAAUGGUGGGAGUCGUGUUUGUUGUGGCUGGCUUUACUUCAUCUGAUUAUGGCAUGGGCGCUGUCGGGUUAGUUUUGUGCAUCGCGGGCGCAUGUUUGGCCGUCUUGUGUGACUUACUUCGAAGAUUUGGUUGCGGAUGGAGAAAAAUAAUGGCCUCGCGAUCACCGCGUUUUGGAGACAACGGCCAAGAAAAUCCAGACGCUGACAUUGAUUUUCCAUAUCUACCAGGCUACCCGGGAUUUUCUACAGCUGUGGUUGAUAAUCCACCUUCAUAUGCAAUUUGCUCGGGCGAACCGUUUGUAACCAGCCCUGACAUUUCUUGCUCUUGCGGAGAUUCUUAUGCGUGUGUCGAUAAUGGAAGAUUAGAAUCUUCCAACAACACUGAUAGGAUUCCAGAGGCGACUUGUACAACAUUACCUCAGGAUCAUGGACCAUCAAACUUUGGACCUGAGGUUGUAGGUACAGAGCAGAGGACUCUAAAACCAUCACCACCUCCAUAUGACUUUGUUGUGGUUACCACUUUCGACACAUCUAGACUGUCUUGGCUAAGGGAUUCACCGCCUCCUUAUGCAGAAUUCGUUUAGUACAUUAAACUAAAGACAAUAGCUAAAUGUCCGGCAGCCGAGCACGCAACAAGGCUGUAUUAUUUAACUUAUUUAAUUUUUUCGACAAAGCCUAACAUUACGCGGUGCUUAUUUAGGAAGAUUUUGGCUAAAUUUUCUUAGUUAGUAAUUUUCUUAACAUGCGGAACAAGCAUGGCAGCAUGAGUUUGUUUUUGCGUUUUUCAAUUGGGAGAAAGGUAAACGCGAGGGGUUCCGCUUUCGCGCGGACUCUCCCUUUCCCUCCUUGCCUCGCCCUCUAUCUGCUCGCCUGAAAAACGCACAUGAAAAAAAGCUUAAACGCAGAGUUUUUCCCGAGAUAUGUCUGGCAUGAGUCAAUUCGAUUAAGUAAUCGAGUACUGCUUCUCAAUUGUGGGACAAUUUUUUCCUUCUUAUCGUGUAAAGCUUUUGUUCUCUUUUAUUGACCUGCAAUGUCUGACGAUUUGCGAGAUAUGCCUUUAAACAAAGGCGUUAUUGUCAAAAAUUAUGUCUUUUGUUGUAUAUCAAAGAGAUUUGAAUUUUUUAUUUCAAAUUUGUAAAUUUUAAAUUGAUAAUAAUAGUUAAAA